CACAAUUUACUCUUUUUCCUUUUUCUGCCCUCUCUCUCUCUCGUCACUCUCUGUUAUGAGUUGUGCUCAUUAACGCCACCGCCCCCACCCACCCCCGAUCCCUUAAAUUACCAAUAUGCCCUCCCGACAACUCCUCUCUCCGCCGCCGGCGUCCCACCACCGCAUCAGCCACCUCCUCCCGCCUCUCGCCGGCGGUUUGACCGCCGCCUUUUCCUGUCUACUCCUCCUGAUCCUCUGUUUCCGCAGAAUCACCAAAAAACGCACAGCGCCUGCCGCAUCAGACACCGACUCUAAGAAACCCCCCUACCGCCUCUCCUACUCCGCUCUCCGCCGCGCAACCUCCAAUUUCUCCCCUUCCCUUCGCCUCGGCCAGGGCGGAUUCGGCUCGGUCUACCGCGCCGAGCUCAAGCCUAGCCGCCCCCUUUCCAAGGACUCCGUCUUCACCUCCUCCCAUGUGGCCGUCAAAGUUAUGGAUUCGGGUUCCUUGCAAGGGGAGCGUGAGUUUCAGAACGAACUACUCUUCUCCUCGAAGAUCGACUGUAAGUAUGUUGUCUCCGUUACUGGUUUUUCAUCAAACCCUAGGAGACGCCGUAUGCUUUUAAUUUACGAACUUAUGGAAAAUGGUAGCUUACAAGACUGUUUAUUCCAUAAGAAAAGUGAAGAGUUGAGAAAUUGGGAUAAGAGGGUUUCAAUUGCUCUCAACAUAGCCAAAGGGUUGGAGUAUUUACAUCACUAUUGCGAUCCACCAAUUAUUCACGGCGAUAUAAAGCCGAGUAAUAUUUUGCUGGAUCGGGGUUUCAACGCUAAGAUUGGCGAUUUGGGGUUGGCUAGGUUUAAGGUAGAGGAUAAUAGUAAUAAUAUCAUCAUCGAAGGUGAGGCGAAGAAGGAGGGUAGUUUCGUAAACGGGGUGGAGGAUAACGGAUCCGUGAUGGAGGAGACUGAAAGUGUGAUUACAACUAGUGGAUUUGAUGAAGUUAACAGUGUUCAUCAUCUAAUUGGUAUAGAUAAGUCUCCCGAAAGUGUGGUUGUUAGGGUGGAGGCUUCGCCGGAGUCUGUGGCGGCGGUGGGUGUUGAUUUGUCGCCGGAGGCAGAAGUGGGCCCUGUUGUUUCUCCAAGAACAGUUGCUGCAAUGGCUUCCCCAUCUGAUAUUCUGGAGAAAACGAGUGUCUCAGAAGGGAACUUCGAUAAGUCCAGCAUCGAAAGUGGGGCCGAACGAGAAAGGAGUGUGUGGAGCAAGAAGAAGAAGAGCAUUUCUGGUAAAGACUGGUGGUGGAAGCAAGAUAAUGGGGUCGAUUCGGAAUCUGGCAAGGUUAAAGAUUACGUGAUGGAAUGGAUCGGGAACGAAAUCAAGAAAGAGAGGCCCAAAAGCGACUGGAUCGGUACUUCAUCAUCUAGCGCUCGUUCGUCUCUUAAAAUUGAGAAGAAUAAUAAGAAGAAAAGCAAAAAAAGACAAUUGGAUUGGUGGGUAUCGUUGGAUGAAGAAAAAAAUGUAAAAAAAGACAAGAGAAGACCCGCAAGAGAGUGGUGGAAGGAAGAAUACUGCGAAGAGUUAGAGAAAAAAAGAAAGAAGAAGAAGAAGAAACAAGUACAAGGUUCUGUAAGCGAUGAUUGUUAUACGGAAAAUCGGUGGGCCAGAGAUGACGAAUUGUACUCCGAUAGAAAGACGAAACGUAGCAGAAGCAGAAGCAGGGGUAGUAGGGGAAGCAUGGACUGGUGGUUGGAUGGUGUGAGCGGUGAACUUUGGAAAGCGCGUAAAAAUAGUUACGAUUCGAUGAGUGGGGAGAUUUUUAAGAGUGGAGGUAUUAGCAGCACGCCGAGUAUGAGAGGGACGGUUUGCUAUAUCGCACCGGAGUAUGGUGGUGGCGGUGAUGUGUCGGAGAAGUGCGAUGUGUACAGUUACGGUGUUCUGUUGUUGGUUUUAAUUUCGGGGAGAAGGCCACUUCAGGUGACUGGUUCACCCAUGUCGGAAUUCCAAAGGGCGAAUCUUUUGUCGUGGGCCCGGCAUUUGGCUAGGGCUGGGAAGCUUCUUGAUUUGGUUGACCAGAGCAUUGACUCUUUGGAUAAGGAGCAAGCGUUGAUGUGUGUGACAGUGGCGUUGCUUUGCCUGCAGAAAUCGCCUUCUAAAAGACCUUCGAUGAAGGAGGUUGUGGGGAUUUUAUUGGGGGAUUUGGUUCCGCCUCAGCUGCCCUUGGAAUUUACGCAUUCGCCCCCGUCGAGACUCCCGUUUAAGUCUAACAAGAAGGUGCGGUGAGUUUUUUCCAGUUUGCUUUGCCUUGAUUUAUGUUUGUGUUUAUGAAUGAUUUAUGUGUAAAGAAAAGAAAGAGAAGCAUUACUAUUAUUAUUAAGAAUUCAUCGACAGUGGAUUUUUAACGUAUUUCUUGUGUGUAUCGAAGAUUUUCUAUCAAUUUAUUGUAUCGAAAAUUAGAAAACAAGUUUAUUGUAUCGAAAA